GACGUCAUUAAAACACACGCCCCGCCCCUUGCUGGUGUGUCUGUGUAGGCUUGUAUUGCUGCGCGCCAAAUAUUGUCAACAUUCAGCCUUCCCUUUAAGCUCCUCUUAUUUGGCUGUCGCUCCUUCGUCCGCUUUCUUUCGGAAAAAUGCGUGAGUGCAUCUCUAUCCACGUGGGUCAGGCUGGUGUCCAGAUUGGCAAUGCCUGCUGGGAACUCUACUGUCUUGAACAUGGUAUUCAGCCGGACGGACAGAUGCCCAGCGACAAAACCAUCGGCGGUGGAGACGAUUCCUUCAACACCUUCUUCAGUGAGACUGGAGCUGGAAAACAUGUCCCCAGGGCUGUGUUUGUGGAUCUGGAGCCCACUGUCAUAGAUGAGGUCCGCACUGGAACAUACCGCCAGCUGUUCCACCCUGAGCAGCUCAUCACAGGAAAAGAGGACGCUGCUAACAACUAUGCUCGUGGUCACUACACCAUUGGCAAGGAAAUUAUUGAUCUGGUCUUGGACAGGAUUCGCAAACUGGCUGACCAGUGCACAGGUCUCCAGGGAUUCCUGGUCUUCCACAGCUUCGGUGGUGGAACCGGCUCUGGUUUCACCUCCCUGCUGAUGGAACGCCUGUCUGUUGACUAUGGUAAGAAGUCCAAACUGGAGUUCUCCAUCUACCCAGCUCCCCAGGUGUCUACAGCUGUAGUGGAGCCCUACAACUCCAUCCUGACCACCCACACCACCCUAGAGCACUCCGACUGUGCCUUCAUGGUAGACAAUGAAGCCAUCUAUGACAUUUGCCGUAGGAACCUCGACAUUGAGCGUCCUACAUACACUAACCUGAACAGGCUUAUUAGCCAGAUUGUAUCCUCCAUCACUGCAUCUCUCCGUUUUGAUGGUGCCCUUAAUGUCGAUCUUACUGAAUUCCAGACCAACUUGGUGCCCUACCCCCGUAUUCAUUUCCCCCUGGCCACCUAUGCUCCAGUGAUCUCUGCAGAGAAGGCUUACCACGAGCAGCUCUCUGUGGCCGAAAUCACAAACGCCUGCUUUGAGCCGGCCAAUCAGAUGGUGAAAUGUGACCCACGUCACGGCAAGUACAUGGCCUGCUGCCUGCUGUACCGUGGUGAUGUGGUGCCCAAAGAUGUGAAUGCUGCUAUCGCCACCAUCAAGACCAAGCGCACCAUCCAGUUUGUGGACUGGUGUCCCACUGGGUUCAAGGUUGGCAUCAACUACCAGCCCCCCACUGUGGUUCCAGGUGGAGACCUGGCCAAGGUGCAGAGGGCUGUGUGCAUGCUGAGCAACACCACAGCCAUUGCUGAGGCCUGGGCUCGUCUCGAUCACAAGUUUGAUCUGAUGUACGCCAAGCGUGCCUUCGUGCACUGGUAUGUGGGUGAGGGUAUGGAGGAGGGCGAGUUCUCUGAGGCCAGAGAGGACAUGGCUGCCCUAGAGAAAGAUUAUGAAGAGGUUGGUGUUGACUCCAUUGAAGGUGAGGGAGAGGAAGAGGGAGAGGAGUAUUAGAGUAUGGGAACAAAAAUGGAAAAUUAAACAGGUAGCCAGUAUGUACACAUGAUAUUCCUUAAGUAUCAAGUGUAAACUCUGUCUGAUUCUGUACUAUUGUUAAUAUCUUGGCCAGUGUAUUUGUCUGUGGCAUUUGUCAGCCAAUUUUUCAAUGUGACUGAAUAAAAUUCUCUCUUUCAGUGUU